UAUUAUUAAAAUGAAAUGAUUUUAUUUAUUUAUUUAUUUCUCGCGCUGUCGCGCUGUGCGGUGCGUAUUCUGUUUGUGGGCCGGUCGCCACGUGGUCUAACUCCGGCCGACAAAACCGGGCCGCCAGGCUGGUGCUUGACUCGGCGGGCCCAUCCCGAGGCGGUCUUCCCUUCACCUGGGUGGAGGGACCGCUACAACCGACGGCGUACCGGAUUCGUCGCCCUCCCAAACCGCUAUAAAUCCAGAAACGCUUUGUACCGGCGACAUAUCACUGGAUCGAAGAGGAAACAAGAGCAGCUGCCCGAGGGCGGAGGCGGAGGCCAAUCGGAUCACAUAGCCACCCUCCAAACCUCUCUCCCCCUCCUCCUUGUUCUUCUCGCAGAGAAGGAAGAGGCAGCGAGAGAGAUCGCAGGGUGUGUUGCUUGCUUUCCGACUCGCGGCGGCAGAUCUCGGAGGCAAAUGGCAGGGAUUCCUAGGGCUUCGCUUGGUCUUGCGGCCAUCAUGGUCCUCGCCUUGGCGAUCUUCGCGCCGUCCGUCCGAGCCAAUGCCCCCGCUCCCGCACCCACCAGUGACGGUACAUCAAUUGACCAGGGCAUUGCUUAUCUUCUGAUGUUGGUGGCCUUGGUUCUGACCUACCUCAUCCACCCCUUGGAUGCCUCCUCCCCCUACAAGCUCUUCUAAGGCUCUUGGGAGUGUACAUUUUCUGCUUGUGAGGGAGAGAAUGCGUUUGGCUUGUGUUGAUUGUAAUUUGGGACCGUGUGGUUGAGUAGUGUUGGAUUUGAACUUUAAUAGAUCCAUCAUCUUGAUUCUUGUU